UCCAGAGAAACUGCGUGCCCAUCGGCCGGUGAAUUGCUACGGAAGGAGUAUAGGUGGUGGCUGGUUUACGGUCGAGACAACAGAGGCCAUGGCCAGGGAUUGCUUCUCACGCGUGUACGGGCAGGCCAUCGCCAACACCGUCUGCAUCGGCGGGACGGCCCUCUUCGUCUACGUGCUCGUCAAGCUGGCGCGGGAGCCCCACCGGAGCAAGGGCUCCGUCGUCGUGGUCACGCUCUUCCUCCUCUUCUGGGCCUGCCUCGUCGCCUGUGUGUACAGGGCCUUCUGCGGCAGCCUCCUCCCGUGGUCCACGCUGCGCCGGUGCCUGGACGGAGAGCUCCUGCGGCACCUCCGCGCCGCGGGGCGGCUUCUCUGCCUGCCGUGCCGGUCCAGGCAACGGCGCCGACGCCGAGGCGGCAGUAGCAGCGGCGGCGGCGGCGGCGCUCUGCCGCAGUUUCUGGACCCAAUGCAGAGUGGCAUGCCCGUGCUGGCCCGGGAGCCACCGGUGCUUGGCGGCGCGCGGGCGGCGACGGCGCAUGACAUCCUGGCGUACGAGCAGCCGGAGGGCGGCGGCGGCGGCGCGUCGGAGUGCGCCGUCUGCCUCGGGGAGGUGGAGAAGGGGGACACGGUGAAGCGGCUGCCGGCGUGCCUGCACAUGUUCCACCAGCAGUGCAUCGACCCGUGGCUGCUCGAGCACGCGACGUGCCCGGUCUGCCGGUGCAUUGUCUUGGCGCCGUCGCCGUUGCCGUUGCCGGCCCAAAUGGUAUGAGCGACGCCGGUGAUGAGAGACAGCUGAGCGCACGACUCAAACCCUUGUUCUCGUGCAUCACCGUGCGUUUGUGGAGGUCACUCAAGUCAUGGCACGAGAGCGUCGUUCCAGAUUGGCGCUCUGUGAUGCGCGUCGAUGCUUCUCCCGGUGAAGCAGCAAGUGUCUCCUGAAUAGUAAAAACUGUCGUGGCAGUUGGGGCAGGUGACAUAUUGCCGGCGGACCUGACUGAGCGCCGGAAGACGUAGCACCACUGCACCAGUGCCUGCCUCUGCUUUAUCAUCUUCUCUAGUUGAGCAGCAAAUCGAGCGCUCGGUGGCAACACAAGCAUAAGCAACCGGUCGCACAAGGUGUAAGUAAGUUUGCGUGCCCGGUUAUGACUUAUGAGUUUAUAAUUAACUAAUGGAUUCGUGCUUACAUCCUUUAUCUGUAAACAGGUUUAUCUUUCUGGUUGUAUCACAGUUUAUUUUUGUCUCCGAUCAUGGACAACGAAAUGAACUGUAGGAGUACUUAUAAUCAUCAACUUAUUCUUGCCACUGUUGCUUUUGACCAGUAUGUUGGCCGGCAAGAUUUGAUAGUCAUAGUACGAGCAUAGAGGACUUUGUAAAGUUGUGUGAUACAAGUGGUUAGUAAAACAGAGUGUUUUGUGUCCAAUUUGUCAGGCAAUCUUUCAGACUCUGUUUGUUUGUCUGAAACAUUUUGGA